GAGGGAGCGCGGGCGCAGUCUGUUGGCAGAGUGUGUACGGUGUGUAUGUGCGGCGCGGCGCGCUCCACGCUCCACGCUCCGGACCGUUUCGGACAACAAGCACCUGCUUAGAGGGCAGAAAGCUAACAUCCCGUUUGAUGGAAACAGGCCCCUACGCCCAACGAAGGCGUGGCCACAGUGCUCAGACGGGUGCCGUGCAGCUAAACUUGUGCAGGUCACCAACCAGCGCUGUUCAUGUUUUGGAUCAAGUUUCAGAAGUACCGUGAUAUAGCCAGGUCGCUCUUGGAACCUAGUGGCUGCGGCGGCGCGGCCAGUCAGCAAGUCUGCUGUAAGCAUGCCUUUCAUUGACGACGACCUGCUGUGGUGCCCUGACAACGACGGCAAGAUGGUGGACCUGUCACAAUGCUUGGACUCUGGAAAUCAGCAGGAAGGAGGGGGGACUGGCCUGGGUGAGCUGUCACAGCAGGAUCUCUCAGGACUGGUAGGAGAAUUUGAGGAGGAGGUAGAUGAUGAUCUGUUCAAGCAAUUGGGAGACACAACAUUUGAGUUGGAUACUUUCUUCCCCGACUUUGUUGACAAGGAAGAAAAUAACAACAACGUGUCCCCGGGUUCUGCAGAAUCAGUCAAUUCUAGUAACGCAAACAAAAGUGCAGUUGCACGUAAGAUGAACAUUAUUGCUGCAAACCCACUGCUUGCAGUAAGAGCUGGUGUGUCUUGUGCAGAGAAACUGUCAGCCCCUGCUCCUGCCCCCAACCCCGCCCCUGUGUCAGCCUCUGCUUCGGCUUCUGCCCCUGUGUCAGCGCCUAGCUCCAUAGCUCCUCCAGCAGGCAUACCAGCCAUCCCACCGGUUCCUCCAGCAUGCACAUAUGCUCGGGUCAAGACUGAGCUCCUACCAGGUAAAGUGGACACGGCGGAGCUGUGCCCCACGCAGUCGCCUCCGCCGGUGGUGGUGAAGCGCGAGCCGAUCACGGAGCACAAGCCGGCGUUGUUGCACGGGCUGCUCAGCCAGCAUCCGCACGCGCUUCUCACCCACAGGUCCACCUACACUGCAUCCACAGGAUCACUGCCACCGAGUCCAGCGGACUCCGGCGUCUCCGACGUUGACAGCAGCAGCAGCGGACACGCGUCCAAUGACGAGCUCAAGGCGCGCCUGCAACCCACCCCAGGUCCGGCGAGGACGCCGGAGAGCCCGGGCCCUGCCUAUGCGCACCCGCACGCACACCCGCACGGCUUCCUGGCGCCGUACUACCAGCCGGCGCACAGGCCGCCGCCCCCGCCGCCACCGCACCACCACUACCCCGCAAGGAGUCCUGCGGAUGGAUACGGUGGCUAUUUACCUGGCCCUUCGCCAGCCUACCACUCGCACCCACAGUUCGCCACCCCACCUCUGCCAUCAGCCUCGACUGUGGGAGUGACAUCAGCUAUUCCUACUUCAGUCAUACAGGCUGCGUCCUCAUCAGUGAGUGAUGAUGUCUAUAUGUUGGAGCUCAGUUUUCAAGGUCGAGGGAAGAAACGGCCCAAGAAACUUCGCACUGAGCCAGGAAGUGUCAAAAGGAAGAGCCGUGAAGGCUCCACUACGUACCUGUGGGAGUUCUUGCUCAAGUUGCUCCAAGAUCGAGAUUACUGCCCGCGCUACAUUAAGUGGACGAACAGGGAAAAGGGUGUGUUUAAGUUAGUUGACUCCAAGGCUGUAUCUCGCCUGUGGGGGCUGCACAAGAACAAGCCUGAUAUGAACUACGAAACAAUGGGGCGAGCCUUGAGGUAUUAUUACCAGAGGGGCAUCCUGGCAAAAGUUGAUGGCCAGCGACUCGUCUACCAGUUUGUUGAUGUUCCCAAGGACAUAGUGGAGAUUGACUGUACGGGAGCGUGACCAGUUGGACUGUAUAUACAGAGUAACUUAAUGUGAUUCGGAAUUAUUUUUCUGCUGGACAUCUUCUGUGAUGAUAUGCAGGAUAGCUACAAAUAUUUUCAGUGAAUGAAAAGUGAGGAAUUGUUUGUAAUUAUUUUUGAAAAGAUCUCAGGAACAGUGCUGGUGGUGUAAAGUACCCUAUUUUUAUAAGUGUUUGGUGCUGGGAGUCACCUUUGGUUAGGACAGUAAUGCUGUCACCCAAGAAGAGGUCCAAUUGUACUCCAAGAUUAAUUUAUGAAGCUCUUUGUUCAGCAUCUCUGAGAGAUAUGUUACCUUCACUCUAUACUCUGCAGUGAAGUGAAAUAUGGCAUGCAAUGGCAUACUCAUGAAACUCUUUAAGAACUGUAAAAUAUAAAGAUACGUUAAACAACAUCUUAUUAUGUUCAUAAUCACACAAAUAACAAUUCACAUGAACCUUCAUUUGUGAUUUUUAAAUAAAUGUUAAUGACAGACUGAAGCAUAACUAUGUGCAUGUAUUUUGAAUAGAUUUUAAAAAAUCUAAAAAGAAAGUCUGCUGUCUGUGUGUGUGCAACCUCUGCUUAUUGUGUGCAACAGACUAAGUACUGCUGUGUAAAAUAUUUAUUUGUAUAGCCUCAGCAGCUGUGGGGCUUAUGUGUAAACUGUCAUGAUUUUGAAACUCAUCUGUGUGCUGUACAUAUAAAUGUAUAUCUUCACGAUUCAAUUGCACAGUGGUUCUGCAGGCAACCAGUAUACAAUGACAAGUAUUAUUGUGUAAUAUGCAGCCUUUCAGGACAUGACUAUAAUAUUAGAGCUUUUGUACUUAAAUUUCUUCUUCAUUUUUUGAGAGCACUCGUUCCAUGCUGCAUAAUAUCAGUUUCCUCAGACUAGAUGACUUUCACAUAUUUGAAAUAAUAUUUAAAAAUUGAUGUCAUAAUCAUUUCUAAUUUAUUCCUUCAUACUGAAAAUAAAUGUGGAACAAUAUUAAAUGUGUCUGUGUUUCAUCUGUGUUAAAUGCAUAGUAUAAUGAAUGGUAAUAAAUACAUCUUUUUAAUUCAUGUGCUGUCUGAAAUAUUUAAAAACUCUGUCUUUAUAGUAAUUUGAUGUCUUUUUCUGAAACUACAUGUUCGGUGUUGUAUCAAAAGAUUGUGUGAUGUGAAGAAUGUAUCAAUUAGAUGUGUAUUUAACAGUUUACAGUAGUACUGUUAUACAAAUAUUUUAAAACUUGUUCAACACAUGUUUUGGCUGUUUAAGGUUUUUGGACAGUACGUUUCAGUGUUACAUCAGUUUGAAAUUGCUUAAAGGGUCUGAGGGAAAAUGGCAGAGCUGAUUGCUAUUGCUGUACAAUUUGAUACUCAUAAGUGCAGCUGUCUCCUGGUGUGGAGAAAGUCUUCUGAGAGAAAUGAGUUAACUCAGUGUUUGAUUCUCCACUGAUUAACACAGUCUCAUAGAACAUAUUUAAUUUCAGCUAGAUUUUGUAUGUGUCAUAAGCUUUAUUGCCAAGACAUGAAAUGUCAGUACGUGCCCCGUAACUUUUUGUUCCUUUAACAUUUUCCAUAAUUUGCAAUAUGAUCUAUUUAAGAAAACUGACGUAUUUUCUUUGUCGUUGUUCUUUGUUUUCCUUUUUUAACAUAUAUGCCAAUAUGAUGGUUCGAACACAUCAUAAAUCAUAAUUAAUACCCGGUGUUUUGUAGAAUUAAGUCUCACUGUGUAUGUUUCUUACUGAAAUUUUAAAAGAUGCAAGGAGUGGAUAAAAGUCUUCACAGGAAAAAUUAUUUUGCAUAGUUCCUUUUAGCAAGCACAUGUAUACUGUUACAUGUGAAAAUAUUCAGGACAUUUCUAGUUUUGAAUACAAAUAUCACUAAUAUUCUAAAUAAAAAAGAUCAAAA